AUGCCCUCACAGCGCGGCUCGGCGCGGAGGCGGCAGCGCUGCGUGCUGCUGGCCGGCAUCGCCAUCCUGCUGAUCGCUCUCGUCCUGGCCGCCGUGCUGGCCUCCGCCCUCACGGGGCGCAAAGAGGAGGCGAGCCCGGAGCCGCUGAGGUGGCAGGGCAGGGGGACGACCAGGAACCUGCGGGAGAUCGUCCUGGGGAGAUGCUACAGUUACCUCGCCGAGGGGCGCGUGGAGCUGGGAGAUAAGGAUUGCCUUAAAAUAUGGGAAUCAUUAAAAGCUGCAUUCAUUCACAAGAAUCCCUGUAAUGCUACAACAAAAGAUUAUCAGCCUUUAAUGGAGUUGGCAAGUCAUCCAGUACCCUGCAACAAGUCACUGUUUUGGAGCAGGACGUAUGAUCUCGUUCAUCUUUAUUCAAAAUCCAAUCACCAUUUCCUUACCUUGGAGGACACAUUCCUGGGUUAUAUGCUUGAUGGGCUUUCAUGGUGUGGAGACCCCUCAGCUCCAGGAAUCAACUAUGAAUCUUGUCCAAAAUGGAGUGAAUGUGAAGGCAGUUCUGGCUCUGUAUUCUGGAAAAUGGCAUCCAAGAUGUUUGCAGAAGCAGCAUGUGGUGUGGUUCACGUGAUGCUCAAUGGAUCAAUAGAAGCAGGAGCUUUCAGAAGCAGCAGCGUUUUUGGAAGUGUUGAGAUCUUUAACUUAAAUCCAGAUAAAAUUUCUGAAAUACGUAUUUGGCUUAUGCAUGACAUCGGCGGACCCCAAAGGGAUUCCUGCUCAGGCUAUUCCAUAAAGAAGUUAAGAAACAUCUUAGAAGAACGAAACUUUAAGAUCACUAAGAUCACCUGUGAAGACAAUUACAGGCCAGUCCAGCUCCUUCAGUGCGUACAUAAUCCUGGCCACCCAGACUGCAGUCUUUGCAUCAACAGCACGGAAGCUCCUUGAAACAGAGUGCUCCACACUAUGUAAGACUUGAUUUGUGUGCAAAACUGGAAAGGACAUGACUAUGUAGCUUACAGUGAUAUAUAGCACCAUGGAUGUACAGAGCCAAUAACCAGGAAUCCUUGCUGUGAUACUAACAGCCAAGUCGCAGGAGGUGGUAUUUUAGCUGCGAUUCCUGUACACACACAGGCAAACAAGCAUGCUGUUUCAGAAGGGCCAAAGGCAUGUUCAAUGAUUGAGGACAGAAGAUUUGUUCCCUCAUAUGUAGCUACUUGUGCACAGAGCAUCAGAGCAGAGGCUGCCUUGGGCACGCACAAAGAAAGUUGCCAGUGGAGACACAGUUUGCUAUGAUCUGUAUGCUGCUUCAGAAGGGCUGGAAGGGAAAUUCCCUGAGCAGGGAAUAUUGUCCGUUGGCACAUGUUAUAGAUGCCAUGAUUUGUACAGAGUAGAGGAGUCAGUGAGGAAGACCUGGAGUUUCUCCCCCUGUAGCUGUAUCUAAAGGUUGGAUGUUUUGUUUACUGGGCAGUCCCCUUGAGCCAGGCAGAGCCAGGCAAGGCCCUGGGCCUUUCUCCCAGGGGCUGUGGCACUUCCGAGCAGGCAAAGCAAGUAAUGGAAGAAGUAGAGCAGUUCUUACCUUCUAGUGAGUAAGCUGGUUAGGAAAUGGCAGAUCUAAGCCAAGAAGAGACCAGAAACUGCUCAGAGCAUUGCCAGCAUCUGUAAGAAUGCAUUUAGAGGGUAGGUGGGAAGAGAAAAUAACAAGACUGACAAAAUCCUACUGGAAACAUAGUUGUGGCUCAGAUAGCAUUUUAUUCUUAGUAUAGCAAUAAGUGUAAGCUUUCCAGCUUCCAUGAAGGGCCCUCAGCUUGGCCAUCCAUUGGAAUCGAGACAAACAUCCAGAGGCUGCUGCAGUGGGAGCCUUUCCUGACCCCAGCUGUGUAGGUGAGGUGAUGAUUUGCUGUGCGUGACUCACAAGCAGCAGGCAGGAGAUUGUAGUGCCCUGCGUUUUAGUGACCAUGCAAGCUGAUAUAACUUCGAGCAUCUCCAGAUAGACUUUUGCUCUGUAAUACGGGGUCUUGUACUGGGUGCAGCUCAAUCACACCCAAGACUUCACCCAUAAUGUUUACAUGAAUUACAUGUUUUUUUUUUAAUAUGUGCUGUCUGUAACGUAAUAAUUAGCUGCAUUGACUCAGAUGCAUAUUAGUGUUUUAAAAUAGGCUAUUUCUAACUGUAAGUCAAGAAUCUGUCUUCAUGCUCACUUUUGUACCUUUUCUGGUGUAAUAAUAAAAUGUUGGCUGUCCAAUCAGGGUUUCUAAUAAAAUUGAUGAUGUUGCUCA